CCGUGACUCUGAAUCAAAAUGGCGGCGGCUGCGUCUCUGUGGCGGCUGGUACGUUCUGCUUCAUGUAGCAUUAACAGAAGUAGAAGCUUAAUAUGUAACAGUGUACAGAAACGAGGAAUUGCAGCCUGCAUCGAUCCUUCUGUAGGUCUCACAGAUGAGCAAAAAGAGUUUCAGAAAGUGGCGUUUGAUUUCGCAGCCAAUGAAAUGGCACCACACAUGGCACAAUGGGACGAGAAAGAAUUCUUUCCUGUGGAAACCAUGAGAAAAGCAGCCCAGCUCGGCUUUGGGGGAAUUUAUGUGCAGCCGGAUGUUGGGGGCUCGGGACUGUCUCGCCUCGACACGUCCAUCAUCUUUGAAGCUUUGUCCACUGGUUGUGCGAGCACCACGGCUUAUAUCAGCAUUCACAAUAUGUGUGCCUGGAUGAUCGACACAUUCGGUAAUGAUGCACAGAGAGAGAAGUAUUGUCCUGAUCUCUGCUCUAUGGAGAAGUUUGCAUCUUACUGUCUGACUGAGCCUGGGAGUGGAAGCGAUGCAGCAUCACUGAUAACCAGCGCAAAGCAACAAGGAGACCAUUACAUCCUGAACGGCUCCAAGGCCUUCAUCAGUGGUGGAGGGGAUACAGAUGUGUAUGUAGUGAUGUGUCGUACUGGAGUAAAAGGCCCCAAAGGCAUCUCCUGUGUGGUGGUGGAGAAGGGAACUCCAGGACUCAGUUUUGGUAAAAAGGAGAAGAAGGUUGGUUGGAACUCGCAGCCCACAAGAGCAGUAAUCUUUGAAGACUGUGCGGUUCCUGUGGCUAAUCGGUUGGGAACAGAGGGACAGGGUUUCAACAUCGCCAUGCACGGCCUCAACGGAGGCAGAAUUAACAUCGCUUCCUGCUCCCUCGGAGCUGCUCACGCGUCUGUCCUGCUCGCCCGAGACCACAUACGUGUUCGCAAACAGUUUGGAGAACCUCUUGCAAACAGUCAGUUCCUGCAGUUUAAGCUGGCUGAAAUGGCCACCAAGCUGGUAGCGUCUCGGUUGCUUGUGCGUCAAGCUGCCGUCGCUCUGCAGGAGAAGAGACCAGAUGCUGUGUCGCUCUGCUCCAUGGCAAAACUUUUCGCCACUGAUGAAUGCUUUGCGAUAUGUAACCAGGCUCUGCAGAUGCACGGUGGAUAUGGCUACCUCAAAGACUACGCAGUACAGCAGUUUGUUCGAGAUAUAAGAGUGCAUCAGAUAUUAGAAGGAUCCAAUGAAGUGAUGAGGAUGAUCAUUUCCAAAAAUUUACUGGCCGAGUCUUGAUCGAGAAAUCAGGACUUCAGAAGCUCAUCAUGGACUCUGUUACAGUAGAAGUGACUAAUAGAUAACAAAUUACAUAAUGAGAGAGACUGUUUGUGAUUAUAAAUAUGUCUGUAUAGUGUAUUUUUGUUGUAUGUUUCAUAUUGAACUUGAUCUAAUAUGACAUACUGUAGGUGAACAAAUUACCAACAAUGAAAAAUAAAGUGUUCGAUUACA